GAGGUGUGGACCAAAGAAAACUCAUCAUAAUCAGCAUCAUCUCUUCAUUCACACACAGCUGGUAGUAGUAAAGGAUUGUACGCAAUGGCACAAGCUGUUAAUUCCUUAAGCAAGUUUGCUUCACAAAAUGUACAGGCAAUUCAUGGAGGAAAAGGAAAAGGAAGCAUAACAACAAGAACCACAGAAAUAGGAAGGAGAUCAGGUCUCCUCCUGUCCUCUGUCCUUGCUGCUUCUCAAGUCAGUGACUCCAGGACUGAGCUUCUUAAAAAAUAUCUGAAGAAAUCAGAAGAAAAUAAGGCCAAAAAUGACAAGGAGAGACUGGAUAGUUUUUACAAGCGGAACUACAAAGAUUACUUUGAAUUUGUAGAAGGAUCUUUGGCAGGGAAGGAGCAGCUAUCUGAAUCAGAGAAGGGUAUUCUUGAUUGGCUUAAAAAGAACAAAUAAGGCCACUUCAACAGUUGAUCGGUAUAUUAUGACGGAUUUAGUGUCAAUUUAUAUUAAAUUUCAGGAAAAACUUAUUGUGUUUGUAGGCACUAUGCAAGUAGAUAAGCUUCUUAAAGGAUGUGGUUGAUAAUUUUUCACAUUACUAGUCUAUUUUAAUUUGUAUAGUACCAUUUAAAAGUUACAUUUUUAUGCCACUUUGUUCAGACUGA